CGUAGCCACAACUCCACCUCCACACAAACACGAAUCUAGCUAGGCUUUUUCCCUCGUAGAUUGUGUGUAAAUAUGUCUGCUGCACUUCUGCUUUUCAUAAAGAGAAAUAUAUAUGUUCUUAAAGUGUUUUCUAGCUUUUGAUGAUUGAUCCAGCUUGUCAGCAGGAACCAGUUCCUUUCUGUUUCACGAGGAAAACAAGCUAGUAGGAGAUGAAUGACAAGAUGCUAACUCUGGAGUGAAAUCUGACCUGCAUGUUCCUUCAGAAAACCACCGAAAAAACUUCCCACAGCAGCCUGGACAUUUAUCAGAUGCUGGUGUGUCACCAGCUUUUUCCUGCAAGCUUCAAAUCUAAACAAAUCACAUGCUUCACCACAUGGCUACACGAUUCCCCGGAUCCUGCAGCACAUGAACACCAAGCUGCCCGUAUUUUAUCAGAAAUCGAUGAUAAAACUGCAAGCCCUUAAUAAAGCUCUGACUGGGCUUUAUGUCUGCUUUCAGGAGCACGAGAUCUCAUGUAGGAUUACAUCCAUCAAUGUCUGCUGAUUCUCAAGACCAGUUGGUCUCUAACCAAGAGGCACACUCCAGUUAUGAAGAAUCAGAAGAACUACGGCUCAAAAAGAAACAAGAAGAAUCAAAGCCUUUGCAGAUUAAAGAGGAAGAGUUUGAACAGUUAGUCUAUCAGGAUGACCAGCAGCAUGAACUGAAGCAAGAAACAGAAACCUCUGUGGAAACAUCUUCUGAAGAGGAAACGGACCACAGCGAUUCAGACCAAAGUGGGAAUGAUCUCCUCUCUCAGAGUCAUGCUGAGAACCAAGAUCAAGAAAUGUGUGGUAAAACUUUGUUACACCGCUGUGACGUCUGCGGGAAAGUGUUCAGGAAAAAAAAUCAUUUGACUGAUCACAAGAGAACUCACACAGGUGAGAAGCCUUUCCUGUGUGGGGUCUGUGGCAAAAGCUUUAGCCGAAAAUAUGGAUUGAACAGCCACAUGAGAACUCACACAGGGGAGAAAUUGUACUCCUGCGAAGCAUGCGGUAAAGCCUUUAGUGACAGCGGUCAGCUGAACACUCACGUGAGAACUCACACAGGUGAGAGGCCGUAUUCGUGUGAAUUCUGCGGGAAAAGUUUCAGUCAGAAUGGUCAUUUGAGGGAUCACAUGAGAAUUCACAUGGGUAUGAAGCCUUUCCAAUGCAGACUCUGUGGGAAAACCUUCAUGAGGAAAAACUGCCUGAAAUGUCACAUGGUAACUCACACUGGUGAGAAGCCCCAUACUUGUGAGCUGUGUGGCAAGUCUUAUGGCGUUCGCGCUAAUUUGACGGCUCACAUGAAGACGCACACGGGCGACAGGCCUUUUACGUGUCUGACCUGCAAGAGAAGUUUCAUUACAAAGUCUGCGUUGAAUAGUCACAUGAGCACUCACUCGGGUGAGAAGCCUUUUUCAUGUCCUACCUGUGGAAAGAGUUUCCGAGAAAAAACCUUUAUGACCGUCCACAUGAAAACACACACAGAGGAGAAGCCUUUCUUCUGUUCCGUAUGCGGAAAAAGCUUCAGUCAAAGAAGGUAUUUGACCAAACACAAAAGGGGUCACACAGACGACAAGCCAUACACCUGUGACGUAUGCGGUAAAGGCUUUUGCCAGAGUUGUGAUUUGACCUCUCACAUGAGAACUCACACAGGGGAGAAGCCUUUUCCGUGUCUGACGUGUGGAAAAAGUUUUGGCAAAAAAAGUAAUCUAAAUAUCCACAUGAGAACUCACACAGGUGAGAGGCCCUUCUCAUGUCUGGCAUGUGGAAAAAGUUUCAGAGAAAGAACAUCUUUGAACAGACACAUGGAAACUCAACACCCCUGAGAUGGAAGUAGUUUGACUUCCAUGUCUCUGAGUCCAGCUUGACGUUAAUAAACUGCAAUCCUGAGAGAAAAAUUUAAAACUUUUUCCUGGACAACAAAUUCAGAUUAAAACCAGUGCUUCCUCACAUAUGAUUGACACAUAAUACAGCUUCAUCUCAGUAAAUCAGAAGAGCAACAAGGAUGUAAUUUAUUUCAGUAAUUUAAUUAAAAAAGGGAAAUGUAUUUAUAUAGACUAACAACAUGCAGAUUGAUAUAUUUCAAGAGUUUAUUUCUGUUGUUUUUGAUGAUCAUGACUUGCAGCUUAUAAAAAUCCCAACUUCAACUUCUCUCAUAAUUUCCAUAUUGCAUAAGAUCAAUUAAAAAAUCCUUUUUAAUACAGAAAUGUUGGUUUACUGAGGUACAUCCAUGUACUGAACAGCAUACUGGUCCGUGCAGUAUAAGUCUUUGGUCAGGUCUCGUUUUGCAUAGAUUACUGUAUCAAUGCAGCGUGGCAUGGAGGCGAUGAUCCUGUGGCUCUGCUGAGGUGUGAAAGAUGCCCAGGUUGCUUUAAUAGCGGCUUUAAGCUCCUCUGCUUUGUUGGGUUGAUGUCUCAUCUUCCUCUUGAUUAAACUCCACGAGGUUGAUGUCGCUUCAAGCACUGACUCGGGCCACAAUCGAUGCGUAGUGAAUCUCCCCCAAGCCCUUAAACGGGAUUUGCUUCACAGUCUUCUCAAGAUGGCUGUUAUUCCUGCUGCCUGUGCUUCUUUGUCUACCAUAUUUUUUUCUUCCAAUUAACUUUCUAUUAAUAUUCCAGGAUACAGCAGUCUGUGAAUAGCCUGGUUCUUUAGCAAUGACCUUUAGUGGCUUAUCCUCCAUGUGGAGGUUGAUGGUGUCAGCCAGAGACCUGCAAAGUAAACACUCUUUCCCAUGAUUGGCUAGGUCAUAAAAAUAACAUUUCUGGAUUAAAAAAAAUGUUAUUAGGUUUAUGUAAUAUAUUAAUUUAAACCCUAGGAAUAUCAAAAUUAACAGAAAUGAAUGCUUGAAAUACUUAAAUUUGAGUGUCAAUGAGUUUCAUUUUUUGAAUUAUAUAACUGAAAUAACGUUUUUGAUAAUGUUCAAAUGUUUGUAGAUGCUCCUGUAUCAAUGUAUUUUAUGAGGUGUUCUCUACAUGCUCUUGCAAUGUAUUUUUUUAACCUUUAAAUAGAAGUGUUGUAUAAUGUGCAAGUAUUUUGAAUGAUGAGAACAGAUGGAAAACGUUACUGUGCUUUUUCCUUAAAGUCCAUUUAAUACUGGAUUAUCCUCGGAUUGUGUUAAAAUUUACAUCUUUGGAAUAUUUCAACAUGCAAAUUAAAAAAGAGGAUCUCUACAAUG